AUGGAACCAUUUCAAAAUCCAUCAGAGUUAGAACAAUAUAAAAGGAGGCUUGGAUUUGAUAAGGCUGGAGUAAAUCAGAAUGGUAAAAUAUGGUAUUUUUGGAAUGAUGAUUGGGAAGGCAGCUUAAUUUUGGACACAGUGCAACAGGUGACUAUUCAAUUUAAAAAGAAUGAGAAGGACUUUCUGAUUUCAGCAGUGUAUGCGAGGUGCAAUGCUAUGGAGAGACUCGAGUUGUGGGAGGAGCUAGAAAGUAUAGCGGAGAAUGUACGAUGCCCUUGGGUCAUUGGUGGAGACUUUAAUGUUAUUCUAAAUGAAGAGGAGAGGCUGGGAGGGUUGGAGUUCACUAUAAAUGAAGCUAUUGAUUUUGCUUCAUUCAUUAGCAGUAAUGCACUGUCAGAAGUACAGUUUUCAGGAAGUAAAUAUACUUGGUGGAAUGGAAGGAUUGAGGAAGCUUGUAUAUUUAAAAAAUUGGAUAGAAUUUUGGUGAAUCAUGAGUUCUUGGAGGUGUUUCCUGUGUCUGAGGUACAACAUCUCAUCCGGCAGGGAUCAGAUCAUGCCCUACUUCAUAUGAGCUGCAACAUAGAUGAAGUUCCCAUAAACAAGCCUUUCAGAUUCAUGAAUUUUUGGAGUAAGCAUCAGCAGUUCAAGAAAAUUGUAGAGGAUAGCUGGAAAAUUGAUUUUGCGGGGAGAAGGAAAAAACUUCAUAUUCCUGAAAUAACCACUGAGCAGGGAGUGGUAUUGAAAUCUAAUAGCGAAAUUGGAAAUGCAGCAGUAGAGUACUUUUGGGACCAGUUUACAGAGGAGAAUAGAGUAGAGGAUUACACAAUGAUUGAUCACAUUCCCAAGUGUAUAAUAGCAAAGGAGAAUGAAGAGAUGACAAAGCUUCCAGACCAGGAAGAAGUAUACAGAGUGGUUUCUGCAUUAAAUGGGAGUAGUGCUUGCGGUCCAGAUGGCUUUAUAGGACAUUUUUUUCAAUAUUGUUGGGAGAUUAUAGGGGAAGAUAUCACAAAGGUGGUGAAGGCAUUUUUUUGUGGGCAAGAGUUGCCCAAGUUCAUAACUCAUACGAAUUUAGUGUUGUUGCCCAAAAAAGAAUCUGUUAAGAGUUUUACAGACCUAAGACCCAUAAGUCUUAGUUCUUUCAUCAAUAAAGUUAUCUCUAGGAUGGUGCAUGAGAGGAUGAUAUUGGUUCUACCAAAUAUUAUUUCUCAAAAUCAAGCUGGAUUUGUUAAAGGAAGGAGCAUUACAGAGAAUAUUUUAUUGGCACAUGAGAUAAUAAGAGAUAUUAACAGGAGGAACAAAAAUGUUAAUGUGGUGGUAAAGCUAGAUAUGGCCAAGGCAUAUGAUAGAGUAUCCUGGAUUUUUCUUACAAAGGUGUUAAGGAAAUUUGGUUUUGCAGAAGUGAUUAUAGAUAUGGUCUGGAGGAUAAUAUCUAACAAUUGGUACUCAAUGUUAGUAAAUGGCAUUACACAUGGUUUUUUUCAAUCAUCAAGAGGAUUGAAACAGGGUGACCCUUUAUCACUUACCUUAUUCAUUAUUGCAGCAGAGGUGUUAUCUAGAGGAUUAAACAACCUACAUAGGGAUGAGUCAAAGAAGGGCUAUGGACUACCGAAGUGGAGUUCGGAGAUUAACCAUUUAUCAUAUGCGGAUGACACAAUUCUAUUUGGGUCAGGAGACAGAGGAUCAAUAAUCAAGAUGAUAAGGAUUCUUAUGGAGUAUGAGCUGGUGUCAGGACAAAAGGUUAAUAAAUCAAAGAGUUUUUUUUAUCUUCAUGAUAAUACUCCUUUAAUAGUAGCUAUCAGAAUGCGCAGGUUGACAGGCAUACGUCAAGGAAAUUUUCUUUUUACUUAUUUGGGGUGUGCAGUGUUCUCUGGAAGGAGAAAAUCGAGUUAUUAUGUGGAACUGGUUCAGAAAAUUGCCAAAAGAAUUUCAAAAUGGCAUAACAGAUUUUUUACCUUUGGGGGGAAAUGGAUACUUAUUAACAAUGUUCUCCAAUCUAUGCCAGUGUAUAUGCUUUCAGCUUUAAACCCACCCAAAAAGGUGUUAGAUCAAACUCACCAUAUUUUUGCUAAGUUUUUUUGGGGUAACAUGGGAGGCAUUAAAGGAAAACACUGGGUGACAUGGGGAGAUUUAUGUUUUCCUAAGGCAGAGGGAGGACUUGGAUAUCGAUCAUUACAUGAUAAAUUACAUCCUGUGGUUGUUACAAGCUUGGGUGCUUCACAAGUAUGGAGGAAAAUGAUCAUAGUCAGGGAGGAAGUGGAACAUGACAUCUGGUGGCAAAUAAAAGCUGGAAACUCCAGCUUUUGGUUUGACAAUUGGACCAGGCAAGGAGCUCUAUAUUAUACAGAAAGGAAUCUGGCACAAGAGGAGGAACUUGAGGUGAAAGACUUCAUCAUAAAUGGAAUACCUAAAACAUCGGAGACUGUCAUUGAUAAAGCGUGGUGGAGUGGUAACUCGACUGGUCUUUUUACUGUUAAAUCAGCCUACCAUAGAGUGAGAGGCAGAAAAGCAGAAGAGGAAUGGAGAAGGUACAUGUGGAUUAAAGGAAUGCCUAUCAAGAUUAGUUUUUUCCUGUGGAGGGUAUGGAGGAGGAAAAUAGCUACUGAUGAUAAUCUUAUGAAGAUGAAAAUACCAGUGGUGUCCAAAUGUAUUAUUAUAAAUGGCUUAAAUCUACAAGAAGUCAUUUUCAAAUGGUGGGAACACGAAGCGCCUAAUAAGUUACAACAAAUUCUGAAAGUUGUACCAGCAGUCAUUAUGUGGGAAUUGUGGAAGCGGAGAAAUUCUUAUAGAUAUGGAAAGGAAGUAACUUAUAACAACAUGUAUUAUCAGUGUCAAUUGAUAUUAUAUCAGUUAGUAAGGACUAAAUUUCCAUGGAUUAAAGAAAUGCCCUACCACUGGCAACAGAUGGUAGAGACUUUGCAGAAUUACAAGCCAACAUUACAUUAUCAAGUGGUCAGAUGGACGAAACCAAGUGACGGGUGGGUGACAUGCAAUACUGAUGGAGCUAGUAAAGGGAAUCCAGGGAUAAGCUCAUACGAAUACUGUAUAAGGGACAGGAAUGGAGAUCUUAUAUAUGCGAAGGCUCACAGAAUAAGUGAAACCACCAACAUGGAAGCAGAGGUAACAGCGGUAUGGAAGGCCUUACAUUUUUGUUUGGCAAAGGAUUUAAAGCAAGUGAAACUGGAAACAGACUCACUAGCUUUAAAAAACAUGAUUAAUGGGAGCUGGAGAAUUCCAUGGGAGAUCGUUGAGAAAGUGGAAGAGAUUUAG